CGGGCCGAGGCCUGACUUCCGGCCGCCUCGCGCCCCGCGCUUCGCGCCUCGAGGCCUCCUGCUCCCCUCAGGGCGGCCAGGCCGGAAGAGUGUCGCUGCACAUCACUGACCUCAUUUUGUCUCCGCAAGAAACCUGAAAAAUGUCCGGCUUCCUCGAGAGCCUGCGUUGCUCCGAAUGCAUCGACUGGGGAGAAAAACGCAACACCAUCGCCUCUGUGGCUGCCGGAAUUCUGUUUUUCACAGGCUGGUGGAUCAUCAUCGAUGCUGCCAUUAUUUAUCCCACCAUGGAGGAAUUCAACCACUCGUACCAUGCCUGUGGAGUCAUAGCCACCAUAGCUUUCCUCAUGAUUAACGCGGUGUCCAAUGGCCAGGUCCGGGGGGAUAGCUACAGCGAAGGAUGCCUGGGCCAAACCGGUGCUCGCAUCUGGCUCUUCAUUGGUUUUAUGCUCGCCUUUGGCUCCCUCAUAGCAUCCAUGUGGAUCCUCUUCGGAGGCUACGUCGUUAAAGAAAAGGCAGCCGUGUAUCCUGGGAUUGCAGUGUUCUUCCAGAAUGCGUUUAUCUUUUUUGGAGGGUUGGUCUUUAAAUUCGGCCGCACCGAAGACUUGUGGCAGUGAAACCUCCUGCGGAACUUCACCGGCUUAACCUUUUGGGUUCUUCGUACCCGCUCACCCCCAGUAUUUUGCGAUACCAUUUUACGAAGCGCCGCUGUCCCGUAGGAUCUCGGAAGAGGAGCGAGAGCUGUAGAACUGUGGGUCUCCGGGCCGGGAGGGCAUCCCGUCGCUCGUCUCGUUUAAAGAAACGUUUGGUUCCGUCGGUCGAAACGUACGUAUUCAGUCGCGAUUGGAGCGUAGAUGGUCUAAGUCAUUUUGAUCGCAUCACGACCCAAUAUGGAUUUCUAACAGUUUAGAGCGGGAUCCGUUCGGCCCACCUCCCGCAUCACACGCAAGGCCAGUACCGGGGCCGAAAGCGCUUUAAAAGGUUUACUGUAUUUAUUUAAACGCGGUGUCUCCUUUGCUUGUAUUAAACACGUGGCAUUUACCGGCCUCAACAAACCA